CUGCCAGCUAACGUUAGCUCUCGAACGGAUGCUACUCUGCUUGCUAGCAAACAUGCUAGCUAGUUAACAGUUUAUCUCGUAAAUCCGAUGAUGAGUCCAGGUGGUUUCAUAAGGUCCGUUUGAGCCGUAUCCUUUUGUUUUUUUUCCGGCUUCAAAGGGACACGCCACCGUGCGCGUAACCGUUGCCAACACGGUGUUGUCACCUGUAGCCAGUUAUGGCACCAGGGGACAUGGUGCAGGACCAUGCCAAGCAGCUGAAGCCCAAGGACAAGCGGCCUGUAAGCAGGACAUCGAAGGCAGACUGCGAGCCGGAUGGCUCCUUUGUCUUUGAGGCUCACGAGGCCUGGAAGGACUUCCAUAACUCCCUCAGACAUUUCUAUGAAGUAGGAGAGCUCUGUGAUGUCACGCUGAAGGUCGGUCCCUCUAUCCAGACUCAAGUCGGCAGUAGGUUGAUACCAUGCCACAAGCUUGUGCUGGCUUGCGUCAUCCCUUACUUCAGGGCCAUGUUCCUCUCUGAGAUGUCAGAGGCCAAGCAGGAACUGAUCGAGAUCAAGGACUUUGAUGGUGACGCCAUCCAGGACCUGGUGCAUUUUGCCUAUUCCUCCAAGCUCACAUUAACCGUGGACAACGUCCAGCCACUGCUGUACGCUGCCUGCAUCCUUCAGGUGGAGUUGGUGGCGAGAGCCUGCUGCGAGUACAUGAAGGCCCACUUCCACCCCACCAACUGCCUGGCGGUGCGCACCUUCGCCGAGAGCCACAACCGCGUGGACCUGAUGGACAUGGCGGACCGCUACGCCUGCGAACACUUCACCGAGGUGGUGGACUGCGAGGACUUCACCUGCGUGUCCCCCCAGCACCUGCGCACCUUGCUCUCCUCCGGCGAGCUCAACAUCCAUUCGGAGACGCAGGUGUACAACGCGGCGGUGAAGUGGCUGAAGGCGAACCCGCAGCACCACGAGGACUGGCUGGACCAGAUCAUGUCUCAGGUGCGCCUGCCGCUGCUCCCCGUGGAGUUCCUGACCGGAACGGUGUCGAAGGACGAGAUGAUCAAAGGCAACCUGAGCUGUCGCGACCUGAUGGACGAGGCCAGGAACUACCACCUGCACCUGAGCAACAAGGUGGUGCAGGACUUUGAGUACUCCGUCCGCACCGUUCCCCGGAAACACACCGCAGGGGUUUUGUUCUGUGUGGGCGGCCGGGGGGGUUCUGGUGACCCAUUUCGCAGCAUCGAGUGUUACUCCAUCACAAAGAACAGUUGGUUCUUUGGCCCCGAAAUGAACAGCAGACGGCGUCAUGUGGGUGUGAUAUCUGUGGGAGGCAGGGUGUAUGCAGUCGGGGGCCAUGAUGGAAGCGAACACUUGGGCAACAUGGAGAUGUUUGACCCCCUCACCAACAAGUGGAUGAUGAAAGCCUCCAUGAACACCAAGAGGAGGGGCAUCGCCCUGGCAGCUCUCGGCGGCCCCAUCUACGCCAUCGGAGGCCUGGACGACAACUCCUGCUUCAACGACGUCGAGCGCUACGACAUCGAGAGCGACUGCUGGAGCGCCGUGGCGCCGAUGAACACUCCCAGAGGAGGAGUCGGCUCCGUCGCGCUCGGGAGUUUCGUGUACGCGGUGGGAGGCAACGACGGCGUGGCGUCCCUGUCCAGCGUGGAGCGGUUCAACCCGCACCUCAACAAGUGGACGGAGGUCAGCGAGAUGGGCCAGCGGCGGGCGGGGAACGGAGUCAGCAAACUCAACGGCUGCCUCUACGUAGUGGGCGGCUUUGACGACAACUCCCCGCUGAGCUCCGUGGAGCGCUUCGACCCCCGGAUGCACCGCUGGGAGUACGUGUCGGAGCUGACCACCCCGCGGGGGGGCGUCGGGGUCGCCACCGUGAUGGGGAGAGUGUUCGCGGUCGGCGGUCACAACGGGAACAUCUACCUGAACACGGUGGAGGCGUUUGAGCCCCGAAUGAACAGGUGGGAGCUGGUGGGCUCCGUGUCUCACUGCCGCGCCGGAGCCGGCGUCGCCGUCUGCUCGUCUCACGUCAGCCAGAUCCGGGACGUGGGACAGGGCUCCAGCAACGUGGCCAACUGCAUGUGACCCGGCUCCUCCUCCCCAGGUGACCCGACUGCCAAGUCCCCGUCGGACCUGAUCACUGCGCACGGAGCGCACGCACGCACGCACACACACACACACACACACACACACACACUCACUGUGGCUGAUAUUCAGUCUGCACACGUGUCGUUAGUGAGGUUCUACUGACUUGAAGUGCACAACGGAUAAAUCUGAAGUCUUCUAUGACACAUUUAAGAUAUUUCUAUUGGUGUUUUUUUUUGUACCGUGUUUUCUCUUGUUUGACACCCUUGCCAUAGUUUUUGACUUUUCGUAAAGGCGCCGCAGUAGCUGAGCCUAGUGGUAUUUGAUACUAACGUCUCGGGAAUGGGAGGUGAGUUUUUGCUGCACGUUGUGAACGAGGUGUGCGCAGUAGGCCUCUGUAGUACUCUGCAGUUCUUUUCCACAGAGAUUUGAAAAAUCAGACUAUUUUAAAACAAUCAACAAUGACACGUUCUUCGCAGUGCACGCAGUUAAAAAUGUCAACGGUGUCACCAGUCAAUCUGCAACACAAUGUUAAGUUGUCAAACACUUUUUUUUUUUUCUUUCGUUCCUGAGAUCUUAUUAUAGGUUAAGUGCGUAAUUUUUUGACUUUUUAAAGGUGCGUUUUGGGGAUUGUUCUAUCGACUGCUGUGCGUGGAUCACAUCGCAGCAGUUCUAGCUGGACUUUUCAAGUAAUUGCGUUGGAACAAUCAUCCGGUUCAAACGGCGACACGUCGUUCGCUGGGCCGGAGGCGACGGGUUCAAGGAGUUUAAACUGCUGCAAGUACCAAACAAAAAAAAUAUAGUGGGUCCCUGAGUCGCCUCCUCGCGACGGUUUGGUGACGUUGGAGGACUCAUCAGAGCAAUACGGUGCCCCUCUCGACGACUAUUUCCACUUUUAUUGUACAGAGAUCUGUUCAAACGGGCCGGGACAGAGGCUCACGUUGAAGAUUUGUGUUUGACGAUAGCUGGACUGUCAGAAAUCCUAAUCCCAGGGCUUUCAGAUGCGUAUUCGAUGCGGCGGAGGUUUGUCUCUGCAGAUGGUUGCGUUAUAUUUUAAUAUAUGGAUAUUUUGUAUAAUAAAAUAGGUGUAUCUUUGGUAAUAUCCUUUACUACUAUCUAAUCCAUUGCUGUGCACUAUUUUCAUAGAAUAGAUGUGAAGUCUCAGUAUAUUUUUGUCCUAAAUGGAGCAUUUUAUGUUUAAAGAUGUUUAACACCUUACUGCUAUUUCUAUUUCUCUUUUUUUUCUCUGUUUACAGAGUGAUGACUAAAACUUAAAUGCUUUGGGGUUAUAAUAGAAAUAAGAAUAUUAUUUGACAGCUUGUGUACUGGCAAUCAUAAUCUUGGUGCGUAUUAUCAACCUGCAACAUUUUACACCAAAAGCCCCAAAAAAUCUUGUUUCCAACUUUGUUAGCGACUGAGCCAGAAACGUCUUUUCUACGUCUUUUUGUAAACUUUACUGUACUUUGUUGUUCUUUCUCCUCCUGACUGCUGGCAUCCUGUGAGUUUUAUUUACCCGCUAUUGGUAUAAAUUGGUACAAUAAAGUGAUGUGGAAAGUUUA